AUGACAGACGGCAUCUUUACUUUGUAUACAAGCUUUCCAGAGAGCGAUCAGCGGCAGCACAAGACUCUCUUCUCUGCAAACAAAGAAGCUUGGAAAGAGAGAGAAAAUGAAGAUACAGUACGUCGGGGUGCCAAACGCCGCAAGUCCUCCGCAAGUCUUCCGCAAGCUAUUGUUCGGGCCGCUGGUGCAUUCGGUCUGCUGCUUGUUCAGAUACGACGCCAUGUCCCCGGUCUCGGUCCAAAGCCGACGACGAGUUUUCAGGCGGUGCUACUUACUGUAUUUCUUCCACCGCUGCCAAUAAGACUCGGCAAGACCUUCUGCUUGCUAUACUGGGAUCUCCGCCGCCCGCGCGCCGUCCCGUCGUCGUGGUGCUGA